AUGAUGACCAUGACUACGAUGGCUGACGGCUUGGAAGGCCAGGACUCGUCCAAAUCCGCCUUCAUGGAGUUCGGGCAGCAGCAGCAGCAGCAACAGCAGCAGCAGCAGCAGCAGCAACAGCAGCAGCAGCAGCAGCAGCAGCCGCCGCCGCCACCGCCGCCACCGCCGCAGCCGCACUCGCAGCAGACCUCCCCGGCCAUGGCAGGCGCGCAUUACCCUCUGCACUGCUUGCACUCGGCCGCGGCGGCGGCGGCGGCGGCCGGCUCCCAUCAUCACCACCACCAGCACCACCACCACGGCUCGCCCUACGCGUCGGGCGGAGGCAACUCCUACAACCACCGAUCUCUCGCCGCCUACCCCUACAUGAGCCACUCGCAGCACAGCCCUUACCUCCAGUCCUACCACAACAGCAGCGCGGCCGCCCAGACGCGCGGGGACGACACAGAUCAACAAAAAACUACAGUGAUUGAAAACGGGGAAAUCAGGUUCAACGGAAAGGGGAAAAAGAUUCGGAAGCCUCGGACCAUUUAUUCCAGCCUACAGCUCCAGGCUUUAAACCAUCGCUUCCAGCAGACUCAAUACCUGGCCCUUCCCGAGAGAGCCGAACUGGCAGCUUCCUUAGGACUGACACAAACACAGGUGAAGAUAUGGUUUCAGAAUAAACGCUCUAAGUUUAAGAAACUGCUGAAGCAGGGCAGUAACCCUCAUGAGAGUGACCCCCUCCCUGGGUCAGCAGCCCUGUCACCUCGCUCGCCAGCACUUCCACCAGUGUGGGACGUUUCUGCCUCCACCAAGGGCGUUAGUAUGCCCCCCAACAGCUACAUGCCUGGCUACUCGCACUGGUACUCCUCACCACACCAGGACACCAUGCAGAGACCACAAAUGAUGUGA